AUGUCUAAUCGUACAUCGCUUCUAGUGCCUGAUAAAUGCCCAAAUUUGCCAGAGACGGUUACCAGCCGAGAGCCCAGUGGCCCUAUUGUCGGGCCAUCACAUGAAGAGGCACAACCAGAACCGCACUUCAGCGAGCGAUCCCGCUUGUCCACCUCCCGUACACUUAUUCAUGACUUAACAUUACCACCGGUUCCGAAUUUAGAUAUUCCUCUAUCACCUCCUGGCUCACCCAAUGCCAAUGUGAAUGCAAAAUUCGCCCAUUUCCUAUCGUUGAAGAAACAAGGGGUUCAUUUCAACGAAAAGUUAGCUUUCUCAACAUCCUUAAAGAACCCCAGCUUACUCAAAAAACUGAUGGAGCAUGCGGGUAUUGAUGAUCAGAUGCAAUAUUUUACCUCCCUGCCGCCUGAAGUAUGGAAUAUUUUGGGUCUACCGAGAUGGGGAUUCAAAGAAGAACUGUUGAAGUCACAGAAAGACUUUCACCAGAAAGCCGAAGAGCAGUGGAGUGCAGACCAAAGAGACACAAUUGAGUUUGUUGCCGCCACAGCUGCCGAUUCUGAUGGCGCGAGGUCAACCUCCAGUUCACGAACGAGACCAUGUUAA